AUGGCCGACGAAGCUCGCAGAAGCCACGCCCCGCGGGCCGCCGCAAGCCGCGCACGAGAGGCUGCCCGGAGCCCGGGCUGUUGUGCACGGCGCUCGUCAUGCGCAGCGGUGGCGGCCCCCCGGGGCGCAAAGACGGGCGCACCCGUCCCGAUCCCUGCAUCCGUGCAAACGCGCCCACGCGCACAUCCUGCACCCCGGCCCCGCGUCCCCGGCCCGCGUCCCACCACGGCGGCCAGCCGAGCCAGAACCCAGGCCAGAGCAAGCGCCGAGGGCCUGCUACGUCCACGAAAGCCCACAUCCACCGGCCACGCUUCUCAAGCACACACGUGGACGACCCGCUGGGCCGCGGACGGUGAUGAUUUUGGGAGCAUGUAA